AUCGAAACCGUAACUCAAGGUCUGGGAGGAGCUGCGCGCGCACACAUCCCAAAUGAAAUUCGUCACCUGCUCUCGCGCCCUGUGUCGUCGUCGCUGUUUGUGGUGGCACACGUUCAACUUUUCCGCCUUCCAAGAUUUACCUACCCCCCUUUCAUUCAAAAUAACAGGGAUUCAGUUUCAUAUUGAAGUUAGGGGGCAGCAAGCAAAACCAGACAGAGAGAGAAAAAGAAAGGAAAAAAAUAGUGUUAAGGGGUGCAGAUAUGUCGCUGCAAUUAUAAACUUGGUUGACAGGACGAGAUUUGAUCCCGGCUGUGUCGAGUGAGCAUCAGACAGCAAAUCCACCCACGUGAAGGCACACACGGCGAGUGGUUGGGGUGUGUGACUACAGUUGUUUUCAUGUUGGCGUUUCUCAUAUCCGAUCAAGAGGAUUUUCUGUUCUACACACCUUUAUCCGUCGCUACCCGUUAAUGAGGAGCGGGUAAAUGUUUGGCCAGACGGGUGGUUUGCCCGCUGCACACUCCAUGGCAGCACCGUGUCUGCGGUCGUUUCGUCGGCUCUUUAUGGACCAGAGACCUGCUCACCGCCUCGUUUAAACCACGAGACCUCCUCCAGCAUCUCCUCUCCCAUCUCUACAUCCCCCUACCCCUGCCUUCUCCUCCAGCCUGGGGGGACACGAACUUCAGGAGGCGGAGGAGAAUUUGCCAGUCGUUCGCCACCAAACUAUUCCGCAGGUGUGAUUCUCAACCCUCCACGAUGUCCGCACCGAGGGAUUAAAUGGCGUAAAUCUGUUUUCACCCGGCAUUGGCGGAUAUGUCUGUUGAUCAGUUGAGUGGUGUGUCCGUUGGUUAUUUCGUCGAGACACGGCAACCCUUAGGGAUCAACUUCUUGUCAGUUUAAGGAAAGGUGGGAGAAGAAGACGACGGAGGAUUUGUAACAAAAAAUCGACUUUCUGAACUCGCCAGGAAUCCUGUCGUGAUGUUUACCCAUUCUGCCACCAUGGACAGGUAAGAAGGUCAGCGAUGCUCCACAGGUCUCCACACUGGGUCCUGCUGCUGCUGUUGUCGUCGUCACUGACCGUCCACAUCCAAGCACAACACCAAGACGGCGGUCGGUGGGGUCCGUGGACGACGUGGUCUACCUGCAGUCGCACGUGUGGCGCCGGCCUGGCCUACAGGAUACGACACUGUCAUGCACUCGGCAACUUCUCCAGUGCAAUGCCAGCAUGCCAAGGACAAGACAGACAGUACCAGAUCUGUAGGCAGCAGGAAUGCCCAGGUGGUGAGCAGGAUUACAGAUCCGUGGAAUGCCAGAAACACAAUGACCGGUACUACGGUGGACAUCGCUACGAGUGGGAAGCCUUUAUCAACCCCUACGCCCGGUGUGAGCUGGCCUGCAAGGCGCGCCACCACCGCUACUACGCCCGCUUCCAGAAGGAGGUGCAGGACGGCACCAGGUGCAAAGUGGACGCAGAGGCCUACUGCAUCGAUGGCGAGUGUCUGGAUGUGGGGUGCGAUGGAGUGCUGGGCUCGGGCACCGUCGUAGACCAGUGCGGCGUGUGCGGUGGCGAGGGCGCCUCCUGUCGCGUCAUUUCCGGCAUCUUCACUCGUGUGCUGCUCGCGCAGCGCGACUAUCACCACGUGAUCACCAUCCCACUCGGCGCAUGUAAAAUCAACAUCACGGAACUGGCACCAAGCCGAAACUAUUUUGCACUGACCACUGCGAGGGGCAACAUUCUCAACGGCGACCAGCAGUUACGUCACACGGGGCAGUAUGCUGGGGCAGGCACCGUCUUCGACUACCGCCGUCGAUCGGGGCAUGACUGCCCCGGGGCAUGCAUCUUUGCUGAAGGCCCAACUACAGAAGUGGUUGAGGUGAAGCUGCUGGUCUAUGACCGCAACCCGGGCAUCGCGUACCACUUCACCGUGACACAUGACAAUGCCGCGAAAGUCAUGGGUAGCACCGCCACCAACCCUCACUACGAUAACCCCAACGGCCACAACCGCGACCACCACCGUCUUCAGCUUCGCCGGCAACCCCAUCAGCAACUCAGCAGCGACGGCGAAGAAACCAGAGAGGCGAGGGGCGAUGUGGCGACACGUCAUAACCCACAGGACCGGAAACGCGACAUGACCAACAGCCAGCCGACGACGAAAAUGCACGAUGCUGAUGCGGGUGGAAUGACCUUAGGUGACUCACCGUCACACACCAGAGAAAAGUAUGCGGGGGAUCGGCGCUCGGACACCGGUUCCCUCCCAUCCACCGCCAGAGAGUUCCAGAAGGGUGAGGAAGUGUUAGAUCAAAGGGACGUCGGCGUUCGUCGCGCCCAGGUCGCCAGUUCGCCGUACUUCGUGCCAGAGGAAGAAGACGACACACCUGUGGACUACAGACAUUACUAUCACACCGAUUCUGAAGACUACCGCAAAUUGCAGCAAAGGGCGUACUACUCUGCGUUGAGCACCGAUGCCAGAGCUCGUGACGACCUGCUGACGUCUGCUGCGAAAGGUGUCCCGGGAGCGGAAGUACUGCAGCGCCCCAACAUCAUCCCAGCCACGCGCAAUGGCGCGCACGUGCUGUGGCGGACGAAGAGCGGGUCACGUGGACACGGCAACGCGCUCAGCAAUGACGUGGGGGAUGGAGGGGACAUACCGCUGACCAUUCCGGCCUCGGGACAUUUCGUGUGGACCAUAUCUGGGUUUAGCGAAUGUUCAGAACCUUGUGGAGGAGGCUUCCAGCAGACGGCGGUGGUGUGCAUGAAGCGGGACACACGUGUGAUUGUCAUUGAGGAAAACUGCAAUGCUAACACCAGGCCCGCCUCCACGUCCGUUGAAUGCAACACUCAUCCGUGCGAAGCCAGGUGGACAGUCUCGGACUGGGGCGCGUGCACCGUGACGUGCGGUCACGGGCAGCAGACCCGCACGGUGGAGUGCAAGCAGCGGAUCUCGCCCAAGCUGCAGCUGAGCGUGUCGGCGGACAGGUGUUCAGAUGCCAAGCCAGCCGUGUCCCAGUUCUGCCGGCAGCCCGACUGCUUCCAGUGGCGGGCCUCCAACUGGACGAAGUGCUCCGCUGACUGCGGUCUCGGGGAGCGCACGCGCUCCGUACUGUGUGUGAAUGGAGAUGGCAAGAGUGUGCCACUGUACCACUGCCGCCAGCAGCGCCCCACCGCGACCGAACUGUGCGACAUGGGGUCUUGUGCGAAAGGCUGGUACCACACCAAGUGGUCCAAGAAGUGUAUACCAGAAUGCGGCAAGGGGUACAAGACCCGCCUGGUGUAUUGUGCUGCUGACGACGGCUCCUCACUGCCCUCCGACCGCUGCUCGAUGGACCGGAAGCCACCGACGCGCAAAGCCUGCACCCACAUCAAACCUUGCGGAGGCAAGUGGUUCGCCGGACCCUGGUCGACGUGUAACGCCACUUGUGGCGAGGCGUGGCGCACGCGUGACGUCGUGUGCGUCAAGCGACAUGAUCAUCAACUCCUGAGCGUCGUCAGCAAGGAAAACUGCGCGCGCAAAGAGAGGCCACUCUCUCGAGAACAGUGCUCCGAGUUACCUCCCUGCCCGUCCGAAUGGUACAUGACUGCCUGGACGCAAUGCUCGAAGAGCUGCGGGACUGGCACCAAGACGCGCGAGGUGAAGUGCCUGAACGCCACUCACCUGUCCAGCCACACGUGCAGCACCGAGCGUCGCCCCGCGGAGCGCCGUCCAUGUAACCGACACGCCUGCAGCGACCUCCUUCCCAACAGCAACGACUACGACGUCACGCCGCACUAUGCGUACCACCACCAGCAUCGACCUCUGCCACGACCGCACCUGGGUGACGCAUACCCUAACGUCACCAGCGACCGGUUCUACGAGAGUCGUGAGCGACCGCUCCUGGCUCUGCAUGCUGCCGCGCCGGCAGAGAUCACGCUGGGAACGGACUUGAGAAGCGCCAUUGGAGAUGCGGAACCACACCACAGCCACGGAGUACAAAGCCACCCCGACCCCCCGGAAGAAAGUCAUCGUCACUACCACCAACACCAACAACAACAACAGCGGCCUUACCACCCCUCACAGGUCGUUGAUAACGAAGACGAGGGAGAGUCGGAGGAGCGGAGAGAACCAACAGGUGACGACAAUGAGGGCGAUGAAGUGCCGGAGGAAGACGGGGAUGACUCGUGCGUGGACAGCCCCAGCUCGCGGUGGUGUCACGUGGUCAGCCAGGCGAGGCUCUGUCGAUAUCCGCAUUACAAAAGCCAGUGCUGUAAGACUUGCAAGAAACAUCACCUAUAACCUUCUCUCGUUUGCGGUCGACGAGCGAGUGUGGAGGAUAAUCUGCCAGUAGCGUUGUGUUUCCUGCGAUAUGAUUGGACAGUCGCGUGAGCAGCGCAUGUUUUCUGCGAGACUAUUGGCCAGACGGUCGCAUGCUACGUGGGAGAAUAUUUCCGCCCAGCACAUCACUAAGAGUUUUCUGGCGAUUAUGUCGCUAGCAUAGACAUCAUUGAACAGAAUCAGAUCACGCAUUCCGCCCACAGUAACCCGUGACUCCUUCGCUCAGCCUCCAUCUCUCUCCAGUCAUCAAAUUCCUAUCUCGAUAUCGCCAUGCAAAGAUACCAUCCGGGUACUUCGAUAUCUCCAUUUAAGGAGCAUGCAGCUGACUUGCACACGUGAAUGUUAUCAACACUAUGUCCACCAGCUGGCUGCUUUUUUUUUUUUAUCUCAAGAGAAACGAUUCUUCUGGAAAGAUCUCCGCUGUCCCAUUCGAGGCGUUUAUCUCAAGAGUGAUACGUGUUCAGUGACACGUCAGCAGUCGGUCGACUGUUAGCGGUUACAUUGAUGUUCAUGUCAUCCUUAGAUACUCGGCCAUCCGAAGUAGCGCCCUCUCCUUCCUGACGCGCAGGUCAAACCACGAUUGGUCUGAAUGAACCUGGGUGCUCUAGUGUCACAUGCUGCUUGUGUCGUCACUAACACCGUCCAGGAAUGGAACUUUCUGCGCAGUAACUUCCUCCAUUUAAGAAAUGAGAAGCUAGGUGUUUUGUCUUAUCUGAUCUGCAUAACACAAAGACGAGAAUCUCUAUUCGGAUUCACCUUCAUUGUGAACAAAGACAGUGAGCAGUUACCUGUCGAACACACCUUGUCCUUAUAAAAAUAUUUAAAAUACCAAAAUCCUUUUGUCUUAACUGUGGCAAGGAAGACGUUCGACUCCUGGACGACCAAUCUUGCCUCACCUUUUCGUUUGUGACUUUUCUAGUUUUCAUAUUGUCACUUGUGUUCGUUGGGUCUGUGUGUGGGGAUCCUCAACACACACACACCUUUUUUUUUUAUUAUUAUUUUUGGUUCCAGAUUCACACAGUUCAUAAUUGCUUGAAGACCCUGUUGUGCAAACCCAAGUUUCACCUCAAUAACUUGCUUAGGUAGCAACACUUUAUUUUCAAUCUUAGGUUGUAUUAGUGUGACACAAAAGACCUGAUCCUUGUGAUAACUGCCUUGUGUUGAAGCACUGCAGGGACAUUUUAGCCACUCGACAAUUCUACGAACGAUUCCUGAAUACGUUUGUGAGCAGACUGCACCAUUGUAAGUCGGGCAAAGUUCAAGUUUCACGCUAAUGUGGACUGGGUAUCAGGCUACGGACCAUGGCCCAGAUGGCGAAUGCAUCUAUGACUUCCCAUUCCACUGUGACAGAAGAGACAACAGGUAACAAAGGAUGUUGCAGUACAGAGAGAAGUACACAAAACUGCGGAGUUCAUCGCCACAAUACAGGGCACCUUGUGUACAUGUGUUUGCUGACAUCAUGACCUAUCACUACAUGUUGUGUCUUUACUGUCGCGCAGAAACUGUUGAUUACGGGUGGGUGGGUAACAGGAAAUUAUGCAAACGGUGUUCGUGACAGAUGUACUGUGCGGCAGUAGUUCUUAGGUAGCUUUUAGGCAUGCUUUGUCAUAGAAGUCUUUGCAUGUAGCAUCGAUAGUUCGAUGGAGUUGUGCCCCCGCAAAAUACCCGAUUUUUAGAGUGGAUAUAUAUAUAAUCAUGUGUCUAGUUCGCCAUCAAGUGGUUAUAGGUCAGCUCGUGAUGUCAAGGACCAAAGAACAUAGAGAUAGACUAGCUCUGGUUCCCAACCUAAGAACCUCAACUUCUAUCGCAUUUGCGGUAAGUAUGAGUGAAUGAAUUGCUGGGUCGGCAUAUAUAUGUAAUGCACGUAAAACUGUAACACACGCCUUUGUACAAUAUAUACGCACACGAAGGCAAGGAAUCUGGAACAAGGAACAUCUCUCGGAACCACCCAGCGCGAUGUAUGUGCUGAUACACAGCUGCUUUUUUCGGUCAAUGCUUUAAGUCAUUCCUGUUAGUUUCGGAACUUUAAAGUUGGAUGCACGUUAUACACCAGACAAAGACUAGCUUACCUGUCGAUCUGGUAUUAAAAGUCAUCAGGAAUGAACUGCAAAUGGCAGCUUGAUACUCCUAAACGUUGUCUUCUUUAUACCCUAUAUAAUUUCGUUUCCAUGAGGGAGUAGGAA